UCCCCCCCCAACCCCCUCUCCUCCCUGUUCUCUUUCAGGUCGGGCCGGGCCGGGCGGGUUUCUCUGGCGCCCAAGAGAGAGGAGGGGAGGAGGAGGAGGAGGAUUAGCGGGGAGCGUGAGCGUCCGCUGCCCAGCAGCAAAACUUCUAAAGAUUUGGAGAAGAUAGAAAACAACCCAAAAGGCUAAAGCACUAUUGUACUGGUAUCCUAGAAUUUCCUGAGACAUUGAUAUUUUAUUGGCCUGAAGGAUUUACUUUUCUUCUAAAAAUUAGCAGCUUACUUCUUCUCUGGCAUGUUACAGAAAGAACAUUGACCUGGAAACCCUGGGCUACAUAGAGGUCCUUGUCCUAGUUCUGCAGUCAGAUAACUCUAUAUCCUUGGAGCAGCCACCCAACCUUCAGCGACUUUCCUCAAGUUUGUACAGGAGUUUGACCAGGGAGUUGAAGAAGACUGUCUUUAAGCAUGAUCCUGAUAUAAGUCAUUGGAUGUAAGCUGAGAGUUGAAAGAAGAUAGGAAAACUAAUACUGGAAAUGUAGCAUCCUUGGCUGUGUGCAUGUAAUUUUAACAGAUAUCCAUCACUUUGGGUGAUAGUUGCCAUUGCUAGCUAUGCUUCAUUCCUUCUCUGAAACUCGUCACCCCUUGCAGGUUGAAGAACAAGAAGUUGGCAUUGAUCCUUUGCUGGGUUACUUGAAGUCUGAAGGUGAAUCCAAUGAAAAUGGAAAAAUAAAUCCUACCACGGACUCUGAUGGAACUUUUAUUUCCUACAGUAAAGAAUGGGAAGAACUAUUUGUAAACAACAAUUACUUGGCAACUAUACGGCUGAAGGGGAUUAAUGGGCAGCUGAAAAGCAGCAGGUUCCGCAGUGUUUGCUGGAAGCUUUUUCUGAAUGUUCUUCCUCAAGAUAAAAGUCAGUGGACAAGCCAAACUAAGGAACUGAGAGCCUGGUAUAAUAGCAUCAAAGAAAGACAUAUUACCAACCCUCGGAAAGCUGCAGGACAGCAAGAUUUGAUGAUCAAUAAUCCUCUCUCACAGGAUGAAGGGAGUCUUUGGAACAAAUUUUUCCAGGAUAAAGAGCUUCGAGCAAUGAUUGAACAGGAUGUCAGAAGAACGUUUCCUGAAAUGCAGUAUUUCCAACAAGAAAAUGUGAGAAAAAUUCUUACAGAUGUUCUUUUCUGUUAUGCGAGAGAAAACGAGCAGUUGCUUUAUAAACAGGGUAUGCAUGAGCUGUUAGCACCGAUAGUCUUUAUCCUACAUUGUGACCAUCAAGCUUUCCUACACGCCAGUGAAUCUGCACGGCCAAGUGAGGAAAUGAAAGCUCUUUUGAACCCUGAAUAUCUGGAACAUGAUGCCUAUGCAAUGUUUUCACACCUUAUGGAAACUGCUGAACCCUGGUUUUCGACUUUUGAGCAUGAUGGUCAGAAGGGGAAAGAUUCGGUAAUCACGACCAUCCCAUUUGCCAGGCCACAGGAUUUUGGCCCAUCCAUUGCUAUUGUUACAAAAGUAAACCAGAUUCAAGACCACCUGCUGAAAAAGCAAGAUAUUGAACUCUACAUGCACCUGAACCGACUGGAAAUUGCUCCACAAAUAUAUGGCCUACGAUGGGUCCGACUGCUUUUUGGACGAGAAUUUCCUCUUCAGGACCUUCUGGUUAUCUGGGAUGCUUUAUUUGCAGACAGCAUCAAUCUGGGCUUAGUGGACUAUGUUUUUGUAGCUAUGUUGCUAUAUAUUCGAGAUGCAUUGAUCUCCAGUAACUAUCAGACCUGCCUGGGACUUCUUAUGCAUUACCCACCAAUCAGGGAUGUACAUUCACUUAUCCUCAGGGCUCUGUUCCUUCGAGACCCAAAGAGGAAUCCAAGACCAGUGACACAUCAGUUCCAACAAAAUUUAGAUUAUUACAAGGCAUGUGGAGCAGACCUUAUGAAUAAAACCCGGGCUAAUGCCAAAGCUGCCCCUCUGAACAUAAACAAGGUGUCCAAUAGCCUCCUUAACUUUGGCAGAAAGCUAAUUGGUCCAGCCAUGACCACAGGCAAUGCUGUUGGCCCUGUACCCGGUGGCAGCAACAGCAGCAGCUCUCCAGCUGUGAUGACCGUCAGGACGCCAGCAGAGGCUCCCCGGCACCAUCACCCCCCACAGCAGAUGCAGCAGCAAAGAAUGAUGAAGUCAGAGAGCAUGCCAGUUCAACUCAGCAAAGGAGAUGUAGUUACAGGAAGCGAUGCUCAGGUUUCUGUUCCUGUCCAGACUCUAACUGACCUCCAAGGACAGAGUACUAAGAAUAUCAGUUCAUCUCCAAGCAUUGACAGUCUGCCUGGGGGACGGGAGUUCACGGGCUCUCCACCUUUGUCUGCUACCAAGAAAGAUUCCUUCUUUAGCACCAUCUCCCGUUCCCGCUCUCACAGCAAAACCAUGGGCAGAAAAGAAUCUGAAGAAGAAUUAGAAGCUCAAAUUUCAUUUCUUCAAGGACAGCUGAAUGACCUAGAGGCCAUGUGCAAAUACUGUGCAAAGAUGAUGAACACUCACCUGGGAAACAUUCAAGAUGUCAUAUUACAGGAGAAUUUGGAGAAAGAAGAUGAAAUACUGGUCUCGUUAGCAGGGCUAAAGCAGAUCAAAGACAUUCUAAAAGGUUCCCUCCGCUUCAACCAGAGCCAGCUAGAAGCUGAGGAGAAUGAGCAGAUCACAAUAGCAGAUGACCAUUACUGUUCCAACAGUCAGAACAAAGCCUCGGUCGACAGUGAUGGCAUCCCUGCCCCCCUGGCUUGGAAGCAGCCUUUCCAGGCGCCCCAUCAGGCCUCCUCUGCCAGUUUGCCUGGGAGUUCUGAAAGCAAGAGUUCAGAUGAUUAUAUCCUGGUUUCCAAAGACGAGGAGGAAGGCAGUGGGAGCCGAGCUUCUGGUCGGUCUCAGUCUCUACAAGCACACAAGGGCACAUCAGGGAAGACUGAGGCGCUUUCUCGGUCGUCCCUGGUGUUCUCUGAUCCCCUGAUGGGCACAACUUCAAUGUCCUCCAGUAACCUGAGCUCCAGCCCGGAUGACGACGACAGCAGCAACAACAGCAAGGAUUCUGAUUUUACCAUCGUGAGCCCUCUAGACAUCUAAGUUUGUGCCAUCUGGAGCCUCUCAUAACAACCCAAGAUGCUGCAACUUGGCGUUUUCAUCCUUGGGAUUCCAGGGGGCAGAAGUUUCACGGAGAUGAUUUAACAUCGACAGUCUCUAAAGCCUAAGUAAUCAUUCAGAACAUAAAUUUGGUGAUAACGACACAUUGGAACACCACCAAGAGAAUAAAAAUUAAGUGAAAGUGGCCUGAAGAUAGACAGGCCUGAUUAUGUCCCCCAGUCUCUAGACAGGCUUGUCUUAGCCCUUUCCCACUGGAAUCAGGCCCAGCACCUGCUCCAGGUUAUUGCUGAGCCAGGCCAGCAUCGUGUCCCCUAAGCAAAAGAUAAGACUACAGUUAAAGUCACUUCCCGGUGCCUCACUCACCCUGCCAGAUUAAGAAGGGAACAGAUGAUCUUUACAUUCUAUCUGGAAGGAAGAAGAGCAUUCACGCCCUCCCCCAAAGUGAUCAUCCUGACAUGGGAAGGUCGAGGGGCAUCAAGGAAGCCUCCUCUCCCGAAAUCUGUGGCCCAGUGAAGUUAGAGUACUUCUUUCUUAGAGGCUCCCCUCAGUGAUCAAAAUAAAAUGAGUAGGACAAAGAGUGGCUUUAAUAGGAAGAACAAGAACUAGUUUAGGCUAAGUCUGUCUUUAGACUUAAUAGAAAAGUGCUUGUGGUUACUAGGUUUAGAACUAAAUUAUCAAAAUCCUGUUUUGGUGUGUUACGGAGCCAGAUUUCUUAGUUGGUUUGGAAAAGACAUUUCCAGGCCACCGGGCUAAUCAGUGCAAGACCCCUUUGGCCAUUAUCAUUCCCUGUUCCCCAGGUUUGAUAGCAACUAUUUUACCUUGAAAUUAUAUCACAAAAUGUAGGGUCAUUUGAAGCUGUUUCAAAAAUUACAAGAAAACUCCUGUUCCCUAAGUUGAAGGUUAUAUGUUUGCUGUGAUGCUUCAUGAAUUACGGAAAGCAAACCUCUUUUGAAACAAUAGAGAAGCACAAAACACAAGCUUAAAACUGUGCUUUUCUGAUUUCAUUAGUCUUCAUGCCUUGUCAUAGAAAAGAGGGUGAAGAGAAGAACUAGGCCAACAUACCAUCCAAAAUCUGACUCCUUCCCACCUUUCCUCUGUCACUCUGCCCCCAUCCCCCGUGACCACAUCUGCCCCAAAGGAGCAAGGCGAGAGGCACGGGGUAGGGGACAGGGCUGCUGCAGAGCAGGGCAGGGCAGGGAUUCCUGAUGUACAUUCCACAUAAUUAGACCACGGUCCUCAGCUCCUUGCUGGGCAUCUGUCCUUCUGAGUUGUGCUGAUUUGCUCUUUUGGUAGCUAAAUCUUAGACAUACUGAUUUCUGAGCAAUCAAAGAUUAAGUAUUCUUUCUUUUCAUUAAAGCCUUGGACAUAAGAUCUGAGACUGUCCACUUAUCAAUUACCAUAGCUUGGAAAAUAGGUGAUAUUAGGAAAUGGAGUUCCAUACUAGCACUCUAACUCUUGAAAGGGAAGAAGAUCUGAAAAAGAAAAAAUGUCUCUUAUUUGCCUUAUCUAGUUUCCUUUUAUAAAUGGCUACCCUGACUCUGGUAUGGAUCAAACUAGACCCACAUCCAAGGGUAGCACUUGUCAGGGGAUUGGCCCACUAAGCCAAUGGUCUACAAAUACUUUGAGCACCACCAGGUGGGAGUGGGCUUGAGAAGGGUUUAAAGAAGCAAUAUUCAUCUGUUGGGUUAAUGGGCUCAUGAAGAUAGGAGGAGGAACUGAGGUACACACGCAUUGAUAGAAGCACUUUAUAGCCCGUUACUACUUACCUUGGAGAUAAAGUGGACAAUAAAUAAUGUCUUCCUUGAUAGGGAAGGAGAUAAUGGCAACUCAAUGAAGUCAGACCACAAUGGAGAAGAUCUCAUUGGUUCCACCAUUUGUUUUUAACCUCUAGUAGGAAAAAUCAUCUAUGAUAUUUAGUGCAUAAGGCUUUAAGAGUUCUCUUUUUGCUGAGAUAACAGCAUUGUUCUGAACUCCAGUGUCACUUGGCAGAUGUGUUGAUUAAGUGUGGUGGUUAUCACCUCUUAAUUAUAAAUGAUUCUCUCAGCACCCCUGCAAGGGUGAUACGCAGAUAGGGUUUUGCCAAACUGCUGCCUUUAAAAACCUCUUCAGUGUUUGCCUGACACCUGUCUCAUAGCACUGUCACCUUAGAGCAUCUGUCUCCCUCUGGUUGCACACUGAUGCUGUUGAUGGCUUUGAAAGUGUCUUAGCCCUGGGAGCCAUUCACCUUGUCGGUCCCAAGUUAGGUGGCAUUGGAUUGUCCAGGCUGGACCCUGGGGUACCAGGGACCAGGUAGUGGUGCCUGGUUACAAAGGUAUUCCCAUCUCAUCCAUUCAAGACACUGUGUCCUGAGAUUGCUUGUGCCUUGUGAGCUGUAGAAGUAAUUAAUACCCAUGCGUGAAGUUGCUUAAAUUGGCACAGUCAAAUGAAAAACUGCUUGGCGUUAGGCUGGCAGAGAAUUCUGUGUCUCUCCUAAGCAGAAGCGACUCGGCUGCAUGACGUUGAGGUGGGCCACAUUGGUGCAGGUCAGCAGCAGGCUGUUUGGUCUUGAAUUGUGGCUGGAAAUUACUCCAGGGUUUAACCUGGCUACUAUGGGGCAGGUUCCUGUUCAUGUCCAGGAUUUUGGGGUGGUGGGGUAUUUUUUGUUUGUGUCCAUAUGCCAGAUGAAAACUAUCCAUUUCUUUGGACCCUUAAAGCCUUAAUUAACCCUUCCAGCUAACAGAACUGUUUAUUCUGUAGCCCAAAGUAUUCUCUGUCUUGCUUCUAAGGAAGAAGAUAUUCUGGGCUAGCAAGGCCUGAGCAAUGCCAUCCCAGAUACCCACCGGUUAGAAGGGCUCUUUUCAGUUCAUGUCACUUCCCCUUUUAGGGAGUGAUUUGCUUUUCUUACCCCUUUCCUUUCUAUUUCAACACUGUUCUCAUCUUAAUUAGUCUCUGUGCCAUGAAAGAAGAUUCAGUCUUCUUCGUUAUCUUAUCAGAUACUUAUGUUUGAUCAAACAUUCUUUUUUUUAAAAAAAUCCUGAAAAUAUGAAGGUUUUUUUGUUGGGUUUUAGGUUUGGGAGUUUUUUGUUUGUUUUUUUUUAGGUUGUUAUUAUUGGUUUGGUUUGGGGGUUUUGGGGGGGAGGGGUGGUUCUGUAUCAGUAACUGUGUAGAAGUCAGUGAAACGUUUUUGGUUUAAUGCUACCUACCAUGUCCUGAUUUUUAAAGUUUAAAGCACAUUUUGUAUCAGUAAGAUUUAAGUCAAUCCUGUUAGUCAACUUUUUAUUAUUUUUUUUAUUAUGUCUUCAUGCAUCUCAAAUAUAUUCUGUAUCACAUGACCAGACUGGAAAUUUAGUGCAAACUCACCUCCCUACAGUAAGUCAGUCUAAGAGCUACAGACUGGAGAGAGAAGCCAGAGUCAUUGUUUUGACUUGGUCCUAUGAUGCCAAGGAAGAAUUUGCCACUUUCAGAUGUACUGGAUUCUUCGUCCAAAGAUGAGCUCCUCCCAAUAUAGUCCGACAGCAGCUAUACUCUCAUAGGAAUUCAUGUGUAUUGACUAGUAUUUCAGUGUGAAUGAAUGAAUGUCAGACUCAGCGCAGACCUGGACCUCCCAGUGUUGAGUGGCUGGGUCUCAUCUUGUAUGAAACACCAGGGCCAGAGAAGCAUUCUGCAGGAAGCCACUACAGCUGGGUCUUGAGUGGGGUGAGUGUGUAGGAGUUUCCUAGCUGGAGGAAUGUCUAGCCUGCUUUAUUAAAGAAACAGCUAACAAACACAAAA